AUGACAAAGUUACAAAAUUCAACCAAUACUUCAACAAUUGCAAUUGGUUACUAUAAUUCGCAAGAAGAUCUUGAUUCUAUAACGACAGUUUCAAAAUCUAGAGAAUUCGGUUAUGAUUUUGUUGUCUUGCCUUUAACAAAUACAAAUUAUAAAAGAUUUUUAUUUGAAAAUGUUAAUCAUAAUAACAAAGAAACUGUUGGACUGGAGAAAUGGAGAAAUGGAAUGCCAUUAACUUUAGAUGAUUUAGUAAUUAAAACAGCCGAUAAUCGUGAAAUUACUAUAGGGAAAAUUCCAGAAUGGAUAAAUUUAGAUUCAUCUGAUCAAAAUAUUCGAAUAAAUUCUGAAAUAGCUUUAAAACAGCAAUUGUCAUGGGCAACUCAUUUAGGACUCACAGCAGUUUUAAUACCAUUUCCAUCAGAAUUAUUGUUUAAUUAUGCUAGAUGCUUAAAUUCAAUUUUUAGUGGAUUACUUUAUACUCAAAUUUGGAUUAAGAUCCCAUUGACUAUUGAUGAUAGUAAUGAUAGAAUUGUUACAUGGGAAAGAUGGAAUAAAAUCAGAACACUUUGUGAUCAUCAUUUCAAAUUAAACAUUGCUUUAGAAUUAACAGCAAAUUUACCUGAUGAACAUUUAAUUGAAAAAUGGUAUGCAGAACCACUCAAAGCUGUAAUAUUGUCCAUAAAAAUAUUUUUAAAAAAUGCCAAAGGAUAUCCUGUAUUAAAUCAACAACAAAACACAAAUGAAGAAUUAUCGAAUUAUCAUGAAUAUUUAAGAUAUUUAAAUCAAUCAUCGACUUACGAGACAUUUGAAAAAGAUCCUAUAAAAUAUCAACUUUAUGAAAAGGCAAUUUAUCACGCAUUGCUUGACCGAGUUCCAUUUGAAUCUGAUGAAGUCACUGUUAUAAUGGUAGUAGGCGCAGGCCGUGGUCCAUUAGUGACGAAAAGUUUGAUUGCUGCAGAAAAGGCAAAAAGAAAAAUUAAAGUUUAUGCGGUUGAAAAAAACCCUAAUGCAUUUGUAGUAUUACAAAAUAAAAAAUUGGAAACUUGGGGUGAUGAAGCUGAUAUAAUGGUGAGUGAAUUGUUAGGCUCAUUUGGCGAUAACGAAUUGUCACCCGAGUGUUUGGAUGGUGCACAAAAAUUCUUAAAAUCUGAUGGUAUAUCGAUACCAUCAUCAUAUACAACUUACAUUGCACCAUUAUCAUCACACAAGCUUUAUAAUGAAGUAGCAUCAUAUAAAGAUUUAGUGCACUUUGAAACACCUUACGUUGUAAUGUUUCAACAAGUUAAUUUAUUAUCCGAUCCAAAAGAAUUAUGGAAUUUUCAUCAUCCAAAUAAAAAUAUAAAAUUUAAUAAUCAUGAUAUACAUUUCUGGAGAUUGACAAACAAUAAAAAAGUUUGGUACGAAUGGUCAACCGAUUCCCAAUUAUUAUUAAAUAAAAAUGAUAAAGACGAGGAAAAUAAAAUCAAUUUAGACUCUUCGAUUAUUCAUAAUGUCGAGGGAAGAUCAAGUUGGAUUGGAUUAUAA